AUGUCACAGGAACUCGAAACCCAGGACAAAGCCGACUCGGUCUCCAACUGCGGCAGUUACGAUUACGACGCCGAAAGCUACCAUGGAGAUUACGAUUACGAUGCGAAUGAGGAGUAUGAGAUGCCCGAAGAAUCUCAUCCUUCCUACACCCAGUUGCGGGUCAGUGUCGGUCUGCUACUCAAAGGCGAAAGAUAUACGAUCGUGCGCAAGUUGGGAUGGGGUUCAUACAGUAUCGUUUGGUUGGCUUGGGACAAAAAAGAAGCUCGUUUCGUCUCGAUCAAAAUUCUGUCGACCGAGGGGACGGGCUGCAUCCCAGAGGAACGUGGUCAGGAACUUGAUCACGUUCGAAAGAUCAUAAAGACAUUGCAAGAGGACCCCUCAAGUCACGGGCCGCAUAUUGUUCGCUGUUUCGACACAUUCCAACACAAAGCGGCGGAUGGGAACGAACACUUGUGCAUCGUUAUGGAACCCCUUAGCUACAGUCUAGACGACCUGAGAAUUAGAUUCCCCGGCCGCAUGCUUCCCCUCGCCUCGGCCAAGCGGUUCGCCAAGCAUAUAUUGAUCGCUCUCCAUCAUUUACAUCAAGAUGCUCAGAUCGUCUACGGCGAUCUCAAGCCCAACAAUGUCCUCCUUCGCUCGCCAGAUAUCGAUCGAAUCAUCGCACAAGAGAUGGUCCGACGACCUCCCGUCAUCAACGUUAUCAAUGGCACUCCAGCACCCCCAGGAGCGAUAACCUACAAAUCUCAGCCUUUGCCACCUCUUGGGAGGGACGUCAAGAGCGAGAAAGACUUUGAUGGAUGCGACGCCGUCCUCGUCGAUUUUGGACAUGGCACGUCUCAACGCAUCGAUGACCACAUUGACGAGGAGAACAUACAGAGUACGUGUUUCCGAGCGCCCGAAGUGGUACUUGGGCAUCCCUGGAGUACGGCUGCCGACAUCUGGAGCUUCGCUUGUACCAUAUUCGAGAUUGCAACCGGCGGCGUACUCUUCGAGGUCUCGAUGGGCGGGCAGCACCCCGAGACCGGGGAAUGUUGGGACGCCGAUGAGCACCAUCUGGGAAGCAUGGUCGAGGUAACUGGAACCACGAUACCACUGGAGAUGAAAGCCAAGAGUAGGCAUUGGCACGAAUCGCUGGACGAACAAGGAAACUUUUUGCACUUUGUUUCGUGCGGAGUAGCGUCUACGCUAGAGGAAUGCACCCGUCUUUAUAACGAGGACAUGCCAACCGAGGACCUCCUCGAUUUCAACAGGUUCCUCUUGCGAUGCUUCGAGUUGCGACCGGAUCACAGGCCCACCGCGGCCGAGUUGCUUCAAGACUCUUGGUUGAAUGGAGAUGUCUGAUCGUGCUGGUCGUUCGAAGGGAGGGGCACGAGGAGCAGUAUCGAGCGCGACGUAUAGGUCCACAAGGUGUAUAUGUAUCUUUCCAGGUUCAGGACUCAACACCAAUGAAUUCAGG